AUGUCCGAUUCCGUAGAUCGUGUCUUCGUCCAUGCCUUGAAUACUGUCAAGAGGAUUCCGCGGACGGGCACUGCUCGCCCGCCCGCCGCGGAACGGCUGAAGUUAUAUGGAUUGUACAAGCAGAGCAUGGAGGGGGAUGUCGAGGGCGUCAUGGACAGGCCGAUAGGCAAUACGCCGGAAGUCCAAGCGGAAUGCGAGAAAUGGGAUUCCUGGUAUGCCCAGCGCGACCUGUCGCGCACUGAAGCAAAACGCCGUUAUAUUAGUACCCUCAUCGAGACUAUGCACACCUACGCAUCGCAAACCACGGAAGCCCGCGAACUCGUUUCCGAACUUGAGUUUGUCUGGGACCAGAUUAAAUUCAACGCCUCUUCAUCCUCCUCAUCAAGCCCUUUAAAUACCGUGGGCGUCCCAUCAUUAUCUCGGAAUCAGGGCAGCUCAUAUGGGAGUAUCGGAGACCGACUAGCGCGACCCGUGGAGGAAUAUGACCGUCCCGAUAUGCGAACCGAUGACCGGAGCUCUCGCCUCCGCGUUUUAAGCCCCAUGAGCCAACCUGAAGAAGAAGAAUACUACCGUCGACAUCGAAGGCAACCAACGGAAGAUACCGAGGAUGCCGACGCAGCGGAGGAAUCAAAUUUGGACGACGACGACGAUGAAGACGAAGAGUAUGAAGAGGCCCGCGACAGCCUUUACGAGCCCCAAGACAACGACAGCGCGAGCACAACCACACACACCGGCGUCGGUUCCCAUGCGAGCCGCUCUAAGCACAAUCGCCAGAGCUCCGCCCUCAGCAUCGGUGACUCCAGCAGUAACCCGCACACGCGGGACCCCACUUUGCCCAAGAAUAGUCCCUGGCGUCGCAGGGUCGAACAAGCCUUGACCAACAUGACCGCUGAAAUCGCUGCUCUGCGCGAGCAGAUGGAGGCUCGCACACUGGCGAAUCGCCGCCGCUCCGGCCUCUGGGCCUGGCUGAAAUGGAUUCUCUGGAGUGUCGUCCGCCAGAUCAUCUGGGACGUGGCUCUAUUGGGCGGUCUACUUAUCUAUAUGCGGCUGCGUGGUGAUCGCCGUAUUGAAGAACGAUUGCGCUCCGGCUGGUCCGAAGUCAAGGGCAAGCUGAGUCGUUUCAAGCUUCUGCGCCGUGUCAACGAUAUGCCUCUUCUGCCAUGA